AUGUCGUCGCUCUUCUCGGCGCAGCUCCACCCCGGCAGGGCGCUGGGGUUCCUCGUGCUCGGCGCCUCGCUCCACGAUGUCUUGACACGCCUCAAGGCCGAACCCCAGCGCUUCCCUAAGCUCGACCUCAUGUACACGCCGACCGACCCGGUCAGAGAGCCCGUCAUUCUGGGCCUGCCGGCAAACGGCCUGCGGAUGCGCUUCGAUGGGCCCGAACAGCGGCUGCGGUUGAUCGAGGUGACCGAUUUCACCAAAAACCACAUCUUUCUCAAGCCGGCCAACGAUAAGGAGCGGGAUCUCGUCCGUCCGCCUAGCACGACACAAGAGGGGCCCGCCGAUGCCGCUCCCGGCCCGACAUUUCGACAUAUUUACCAGCGGUUUCUGGGCCCGACGUACGAUGGAGAGUACAUAGAAGACGCCGAGAUGUACGUGCUGUCGUAUCCAGGCGUGGCCUUCACAUUCCCCAUGAAGAAGAAGGACUACUCUGCCUCCAAGGACGUCGUGUCCCUGCUACCUUCAACCGAAAUCCCAAACUCCAUGGCCGUGUUCAGCGGCGAUUCCUGGGCCCAGGCCCGCGACACCAUGUGGACCGAGAUCCUCCCCAGCGUCAAGGCAUUCGCGCCACUUGCCAAGGGCAAGGACGUGUGUCCGGACGAGGUCUCCCUGAUCAAGGUCCACGGCGGCGGCAAGCUGCAGCUGUUCCGGAAGUGGACCCACGGCUCCUUCUGGAUCAUGCUCGGCGAGACGACGCCCCAGCAACUGGUGGCCGAGCUGGGGCCGCCCGACGCCAUCUACCGCAAGAACGACCAGCGCAUGUACAUCCACAAGUUGCGGGCCGCCAGCAACACCAUGGCGCGGCCCAACGGGAACGACCUGAAGCGGCAGGACGACCUUACCGACACAGACCAGUCCUCGCACCCUCCGUCGGACGAGUACGACUCGCACGACGACGAGGCUGUCGAGGACGACGUCGUCGCCAAUGUAUCGGGCGAGUGCUUCUACAACUACUUCUACCUCGGUUUCGACGUGCUGGUAUCAACACCAACCAGGCCCUCUCGCCCGCCACCAUCCCAAGAUAGCAACGUCGUCCCUGAUCCUCCGUUCAAAGCUACCUCUCCCGACCGCCUGGUCGCCACAAAAGUGAUCCUUCACGGCAACGUCCCCGGCUCAUACCCUUUCAACCGCCAUCGCCGCUGCCGCUGGGAGAUCAGCUACCUCUCCGCUUCCACCACCUCCGACUCUAGCGACGCCGUUAUAAACUCCGAGACGCCAUUUCCGGAGAUCGAGGGCCGGCUGCGGGAGGCGUGGAAGUCACUUUACCCGUCAGAAGCCGAGGCACAGCAGAAGCAGCGGGGCAUGGUGCUCAACCGGGGGUGGGGCGACAGUCCCGGUAGCAGUUGUGAGUUGCUCGGUGGGUGGGAGGAGAGCGGCGGGACGAAUCCUGGCGUGGGUAAAGGCAGGGGGGAGGACUCGACGACGACACUGUAUGGGUUUCCUGGGCUGGUGUAUGAGGUGUUGAAGAAUGGGUGGCUGGCCAAGCACCAUCACCCCGACAAGAAGGCGCCGGGUAGCAAGAUCCAUGCCAAGAAGUUCCGCAGGGUGCGGGAGGCCUGCGACUGCCGGAAAGACGUAGUCGCCCGCGCAAGAUACGAUGUCCUCUACCGCGACGUAAGGUAUCAACGGGAGGCGUAUACAGCCGAGCGGGAGGCAGAGCGAGAGGCAGAUAGCCAGCAUACUGAAGAAAGCGGGAGACAUACCGAGAAGAUUGGGAGGCAUUCUACCGGAGAAAUUGGGAGACAUACCGAGAGGGCGGUAGAGAUUGCGUUAGGCCCAGGGACAGGCUGAGGCAGUGGCAGAUGUCAGGGCAGGUGAGGAGGCGGAACCGAGGGAAGGUAGGAUGCGCGGGUAUAUACGGGCCGAGGGAAUGGGUUAUACAAAGAACUUCACUCAUCCAUCAGUCCACGAGGGGACUGGAAUUGAUACUUGAACGAUGGGAUGAGACGAACGGCUGUAUCGUAAGUGGGUGGAGAAAGGGAGCGAGGAGUCGCGCAGAUCGGGGAGCGAGCCGAAACCUUAUGAAGACUGGGCGGCCGAAGAACCGUUAAAGACAAGGUUUAUGACUCUUCGGUAGAAUAGGGAUAAUGUGAUAGGGAGGCAGAUGGGCUGCCACCUCGUCGGCUGGUGAC